GGGGGCCGAGGGCAGGUUGGGGUAGUGGCCCGGGCUCCCCGUGGGCGCUGAGGGUCUGCGGGCUUCCGUGCGGGCAGAGGGGCUCGCUGGGCGCAGGGCUGGCUGCGGGGGCCAGGCAGCAAUCCCCUGCCCUUCCCCGGGGGCACCGGGGGGCAGAGUCAGCGCCGCAGGCGAGCGGGGUGAGGUGGGUCCGUCUCAGGGGGCAGGUCCUGCAGCGCUCCCCAGCGCAGCCCUCCCUGUUGCGAGGCUGGUAAGGGAGAAGCACUGGAAUUUUAAUCUUGAAGCAAAGAUGCAAGCGUUAAUGCCUGAGCCUCAGAUUUAUGUAGAAAGAACCCUAGCCCUCAUCAAACCAGAUGUAAUUGACAAAGAAGAAGAAAUAGAAGAUAUAAUUCUCAGAUCAGGAUUCACCAUUGUUCAGAAACGAAAGCUCCAACUAAGCCCAGAGCAAUGCAGCAACUUUUAUGCAGAUCAAUAUGGGAAAAUGUUUUUUCCUAAUUUAACAGCAUAUAUGAGUUCUGGGCCUUUAGUUGCUAUGGUUCUUGCCAGACAUAAUGCUAUCGCUUACUGGAAAGAGUUGAUUGGACCCUCAAAUAGCAUAAGAGCUAAAGAAACACACCCUGACAGUUUAAGAGCAAUCUAUGGGACAGAUGAUCUGAGGAAUGCAGUUCAUGGCAGUAUCCGAUUUUCCUCAGCAGAAAGAGAAAUUCGAUUCAUGUUUCCUGAAGUGAUUAUUGAGCCAAUUCCAGUUGGACAAGCUGCUAAGGAUUACCUGAACCUUUAUGUCAAUCCUACACUACUAGCUGGGCUCACCGAGCUUUGUAAGCAGAAACCAGCAGAUCCAUUGAUUUGGUUUGCUGAUUGGUUGAUAGAACAUAAUCCCAAUAAACCUAGGCUACAGCAGCGGAUGACCGUGGAAGAACUUUAAGGAUGAAAGUCCAAUGGAGAUUUUGUCAAAUGCUAUCAAAUAAGAUGCUUAUUAGUAUCAUUUUAAGUGUAUCCUUUGAAUUUGUAAUGACGUUAUGUGAAAUAAAUGUUAUAACCAACUAUAAAUUGACUAGUAAUCAUUGGAUAAGUUGAACUUGUAAUUACUUGU